AAUGUGUCUGCUGUCUCCAUACUCUAUCAUUUCAGACGCCGUCGAAAAAAAACUGAGCUGGUCAGAAGCAGCAAAGGGAAGGGCGACUACUUCUCCGUUUUCAAUACGCUAAACGUGUCUUCUCAAUUCGGAUCUUUCCAUCAUGACAAUGUCCUCAAUUGUAACACAGUCGCUACUUGCCGUUGCACUUUUAUCAGUUGCAAUGGUUGAGGCUGCUCCAUUGGAGUCCACAAAAGGAGCAACAGUAAAAAGCACAAAAUCAUCGAGUUCCAAGACAAAAGGAUACGUGCCAACACCAAAAGCUCUUCGACGUGGAAAACGAAACGUGAUUCUCGACGAAAUUCCCGAUGAUUCGUCUGUUCUGGGAACAGAAGAAGAUGUGCUCCGUGAGCAACUUUUUGAUCUAAGUGAUGAUCAACUGGCAGUUCUCGCGGAAAUCGUACAAAAUGAAAUUGAUCAAUACAAUCCAGAAUCAGUUGAAGCUUACGAAGUUAUUGAAUUACCAGAAUAUUUAACCCAACCAAUUGAAUACAUGCCACGUGAUCGUCGUUCCGUUCCAGUAUUUGAGGCUUAUGAUGAAAAUGAUCUACCGGAACAAUUUGAAGAAAAUCAAGAGGUAAUCUUUGUGCCAGAAGAAGCACUUAUCGAAGCCGCUGCAGAAGAACAAGAUGAAAUUGAACUACGUCAAAGGAUAGCAGAAAUUGCAACAAUUCUUAAUGAAAGAGCCACUAGACGAUUGAGAUUCUUUUAAGAAUAAUUAGCUCUAAAUCAUAAUUUUAAUUCUAAAAAUAUUCCUCGCUGGCUCUCAUCUUCCCGGUUGACUAAAACACCAUUCAUUUCUCGCACACAAUUUCUCACACAUUUUCAACGGUUUUCCUCAACUUUUCCUGUCCUUUUUCCCCGAAUUUUCAGUCCAUCCUUCCACCAAAAAAUCCCACCAACCGUUCGUCCAAAUACUUUUUUUGAUCCAAAAAUUUUUUAUUUUGUAGAAGAGAGUGAACUUAAACAAAAUAAACUGUUUUCUACCGUU